UGACGAGCGAAUUAAUCGUAAGCAGCGCUGUACAUAUUAUCAAGAUGAUGAUUAUCACUGAUUUUCACAUUCGUAGAUCAUGAAUCUACCUAUGGGUAAAUGAAAAGCUAAAAAUGUCCACAAAACUUUUAUGCUGUCUGAUUGUUUCUCACCUUCUUAUAAGUGUGGCAAACGAGGAUGUGGAUAUUGCCAAAUUAUUCAUUCAAGAGAACAUCGUCCCCGAGCUAAUUCGUUAUCCACCGGCAAAAUUACUAAAAGUUGUAUAUCCGAAAGGAGAAGUAACACCGGGUAGUUAUUGGUGGUCAAAUGAAACAUCAGAAGCUCCAUCCGUACACUGGGAUGCGGAACCAAAUACCCACUACUGUUUAUACAUGGCGAGUGUAAACAGAUACGAUCCUGAUACUUUACUUUACCCUUAUACCAAACAUCCAGUCACUGUACCUGAACCACCAACAAACACUGGCGAAAUGUGGGUCGUAACUAAUAUCCCAGGAAACGAUUUAGCGAAAGGAAACACCAUCGUUUGGUAUUUAAUUCCCGGACCUCCUUUAGGCGAAAAUGCUAAAGAGAGAAUUGUAUUUUUAUUGUAUAAGCAACCGACGAGUAAUAUCACUGUAAAAGAAGUGGAAUGGAAGGAGGCUGGAUAUAAUGUUCCAGAUUUAGACAAUUUGACAAGAUUUGAAGAUGAGUAUAAUUUAGGUAAACCUCUGUUUGGAAAUUUCUUUUACAUCUGAAAAAUCAUAUUUUUCAAAAUGACUGUUUUAAAUGUUCGGUAAAAUAUAAAAACGUAAAAUCGAAACAUACUAAAAUUAAUUCAAGUUCGGAACCUGGAUCAGAAAGGCCAUUGGAAUAUUCAAGAAAAAACUCAGCUUGUUGUAAUGAAUAUAAAAUGUGUUAUAAUUUUUCAACAAUACUUAACAAAUGUUCACAAUAUUCCAAUUGUUAUUUUAAUAAAUCAAGACAAUUCUGUACCUAUCAAUGUUUAUUAAUUGAGAAUCAGAAUGACGAAUAGAAUACUUUUCUAGUUCAUAAAAUAAUUAAAUAAAACUGGGAGAUUGGAUCAAAAACCCCUGGAUACUUAUUCGAAACAUGCCUUAACUAAUUAAUUGUAUAAAUUAAAAUAAAAAUUAGAAAAAAAAAUUAUAGAACAAAUAUUGAAUUAAAAGUUAGACCUACUCAUACUCUGUAGAAUACUUUGAUGUUAAAAAAUGCACCUCUGAAAAAAUUAAUUGACCUAAAAGAAAGAUAUGCGAAUAAUCUCUUCAGGUAUUUGAGAAAACUUCACUGAUACUACUGGUCGAUUUUUUUCAUUCAUUUCAAGUUGAUCAAAAGAUAAGUUCAAAAAAAUGAUACGUUUCAUAGAUGAAAAUAGCAGCUAUGAAUAUUAAAACCAUCCAGAAUUUAGCUUUGCUGUUUGUUUUAAGUUGUUUCCAGGGAUGUUUACCUCAAGAUGACAAUUUUUUAGAAACGAAGCUCAGAGAAUUUAAAAUAGUUCCGGAUUUCUUUCCUUAUGCUCCGAAAAAAACUCUAAAAGUCAUCUUCCCUCAUGGAGAACUCACCCCAGGCGAUGAAUUAAAAUUCGAACAAUUCAACGACACGAUACCGAUAUUAAAAUGGGAACCUGAAAGUGAUAGGACUUUUUAUACUCUAUUCGUACAAGGUAUCGUUUAUUGGAGUUGGGGCGCCAGUUUAGAGACCGAAGCGUGGUUUAUUUACGAUAUACCAGGCAACAGGUAUGACCAAGGAACGGUAGUUUAUAAAUGGAACCAACCAGAAUAUGGAAAAAGAGUCCGACCCAAAAAUGGAACCAUCGAUCGUUAUACUUUUUGGCUUUUUAAACAACACACGUUCCUUAAUAUUGAAAGGAUGAAAGAUUAUCACCAGCU